UGCGCCGUAUGCCUUGGACAUAACUCACACUGCACGGUCGAAUGCACUACCCCGAGAACUUGGGACAACCUCUUUGGCACAUUCUACGAAUGCAUUAACAAAGCUCUAUGGACCAAAGAUGGACAACAGCUCUGCACCUCAUGGCAACAUGAAGAAGGAUGCACCAACAACCACCACAGUAGCAAACAUGUAUGCUCAGGCUGUGGCGCAUCCGAUCAUGGAGCCCAGCGCUGCACUAGAGCACAGAAA